AUGACAGAUCCAAACUUGGAAAAGAUAUCUAAAGAGUUAGCCGAACACUUUAAUAUAACAAUUAAUAGAUCUGAAAGUUUUAGGGAAAUCAAAAAUAACCUCGAAAAUGCUGAUAAUCAAAUGGAAGAGAUUAGAGAAUCAUUACAUUUUGUACGCCAAGACGUAGACAAACGUUCAGAGGUCGCUUCGAAAGAAUUAUUUGAUGCAGCUAACCAAUUAGAACAUUUAUUCUCAAAGAUUGAUUCGUUGGAGACAUUUGUGAAUAUUGUGAAGAAAUCGGUCAAUGAUGUAACCGAUCGUGUGGACGAGACCGAAAGUUUACUAACGAAUCCGAUCAACCGUGUAUGGGACACUAUAAAAAUGAAUACCACAAAAUCAAUCGACACUGUUGACCUGAAUCUUCCUCGAAUGAAACCGUUGCAAAUAUAUAAUACGAAAGAUUAUUUUCCGACUAACAUCGAUGAGGUAGUAGAACGAGAAGGUACAGCACAACAGUAA